AUGAUCGACUCAGCAGCCUUGAUCAGUCGCGGAGGCUUGGUUCUCUGGACAUAUAGCUUUGAAGAAGCUUCCAAUGUCUUUAUUCCUGAUGAUAAAUGUACUUAUAUCAACGAUUUAGUUCAAACAGUUAUACUCCAGGAAAAAGGAGGUGACAGACAUUCAUGUAUAGACGGAAUUCACUUUAGAUGGACCGUAAUAAACACACUCGAUUCCAUGUUGUUCAUAUCAUACAAGGGUAUUCAAAACACACAAAGCCUUGUCGAUUUGUUAAACAAUUGCUCAAAAACACUUGUAAACACAGUUAAGUCGAAGUUAGGGGAAGUGAGUAGCGUCAAUUGGAUUCAAACACCCUUUGAUUUUAACUUCGACGACGAUUUCCGCUCAUUCGUACUGCAAGCAGGCCUAAAUAACAUACGAGUAUCGCAACACACCUCCACACCAGACGCCACGAGGAACGCUGUUCCAAAGCAACCUAAGGAGUCGAAGGAUGGGAAGGAGGGGAAACAAUCCACUAAAGUAAUGAGGCAAUGGGGAGUUAAAACGACAGUAACACAAAAGGACAUGGAUGAACUGGACUACUCAGAUAAGACGGAAGCUCCACCAGUGGUAAACAACACGUACACGUCGCCAGUGAGUAAAGCGGAGCCAGUAAAAAAGGCAGUGGAGUCUAAAGUGGCAAACAUAUUUAAUGCAGUUAAAAGGCUCGUUAAGCCGAGAGAAGAUUCGGAGGAUAAGUCGUCGCAGUGGUUCCUGGACCACUUCUCAAACCUGGUGCUGACGUACGCAGGGAACCUGACGCUGACGGAGGAGACAGUGAAGGCGCCGCUGAACGAGCUGAAGAACAAGCUGAGGUCGAAGAACGUGGCUGCGGACAUCUGCGACAUGAUAGGAGACUCAGUGUCAGAAUCCCUGGUGGGAAGAAAGACAGAGUCGCUGAAGUCGCUCUCAGCAACAGUGCGCGAGGCGCUGGAGGGAGCAGUGAGACGCAUCCUCACGCCGAAUGAGCCAAUCAACCUCAUCAAGAACAUCAGAGAGACGAACAUGAGCGGAGGAGUGUACUCACUGGUCUUCCUGGGGGUCAACGGCGUCGGAAAGUCGACGAGUCUGGCGAAGGUGGCCUUCCUCCUGAAGACGAACGGCUUCAACGUGCUGCUGGUGGCCUGCGACACCUUCAGGUCGGGCGCAGUGGAGCAGCUGAAGAUACACGCGAACAACCUGGGCCUGGAGCUCUUCGAGCGCGGCUACGGCAAGGACCCGUCGCAGAUAGCGCGGGAGGGCCUGAAGUACGCGGCGGCGAACAACUACAACGUCGUGCUCAUCGACACUGCGGGGCGGAUGCAGGACAACGAGCCGCUGAUGGCGGCGCUGGCGAAGCUCAUCAACGUCAACAACCCGAACAUGAUCCUCUUUGUGGGCGAGGCGCUGGUGGGCAACGACGCGGUGGACCAGCUGCGCAAGUUCAACGCCGCGAUCAGCAAGAUGGGCGAGAGCGCGCGCAACCGCAGCAUCGACGGCCUCGUGCUCACGAAGUUCGACACCGUCGACGACAAGGUGGGCGCGGCGCUCUCGAUGGUGUACAUCACGGGGCGGCCGAUCCUCUUCGUGGGAAACGGCCAGAGCUACAAGGACCUCUCGAGUCUGGACGUCGACGUCAUAGUGAAGCACCUCAUAGCGUAG